UUUAUUGCCGCCAUUUCACGUGAAAGCAGCGCGGUAAUAGCAACGUCCACGGCGAAACUAUUUUUUAAAGAAAACAGUUUGAAUUUCAGUUUAAAACACGAUUUGGAGGUUAGUUAACCGACAGUGACCGUUUAAAGCAAACGGUACGGCGUAACGGUUCGCGUUUUUUAACGGGCCUGCUGUGUUGCUGGGAGACGGCGGUGGAGAGAGAAAAAAUGAGCUACGGAAGGCCGCCACCAGACGUGGAGGGGAUGACCUCCUUGAAAGUGGACAACCUCACUUACCGUACCUCGCCGGAGACUCUUCGCCGAGUUUUCGAGAAGUACGGCCGAGUUGGAGACGUGUACAUCCCCCGCGAUAGAUACACCAAGGAGAGCCGCGGUUUCGCCUUCGUGCGGUUCCUCGACAAGCGCGACGCCGAAGACGCAAUGGACGCAAUGGACGGCGCGCUGCUCGACGGCCGGGAGCUCCGAGUGCAGAUGGCCCGCUACGGACGGCCUCCUGACUCCAUGUACAGCCGGAGAGGAGCCCCGCCACGCAGAUACGGAGGCAGCCGCUCAGACAGCCCCCGGCGCCGCAGACGGAGCCGCAGCCGCUCCAGGAGCAGAAGCCGUUCCCGAUCCAGGAGCCGCCACCACUACAGCCGCUCCAGGUCCCGCUCCUACUCCAGAUCCAGGUCAAGGUCCCGGUCCAAGUCCAGAACCCCCAGGCGGAGCAAGUCCAAGUCCCCCUCCAGGUCCAGGUCCCGCUCCAGGUCUAAGUCAAGGAGUCGAACCCCGCCUUCCAACAGGGGGUCAAAGUCCAGGUCCAGGUCCAAAUCCAAGAGCAGGCCUAAAUCUCCAGAGGACAACGGCGCAGAAUCUUAACCCAAAGUUGGACACGAUAAGACGGUAUACAGGGGAAUGGGGGGGAUUGUAUAGUUUCCUUCUAAAAUUAUAUUAGAUUACAAAUCAGUCAUUAGUUGUCGUCACUUGGCAAACCAAGUCGGCAGAACCAUUAAUUUUUUUUUUUAGCAAAUAUUGGGACUGAUUUGGUCUUCAGUGAUGGAGCUGUGUGCACUUUAUUUGGCUUUGUAUGUUCAGCCACUCUAAAGCGCACACACGGGCAACAAAGGAUUUGGAUUGAUGUGAUCUACUGUUGUGCUUAUAUCAAAAGUGGGGUUGAUGGGAGGGAGGGGGAGGGGUGGUUGGGGCGUGGGGUGCUUCACUCAAAACGUUCACCUAAAUGUGGAAUUCUUUCCUCCAAGCUGCGGAGUCCUGUUUGCAAAGAGAGGAGGAGGAGGAGGAGAUGGGGGUGUGGCAGUGUGAGAGCAGUUAGUGUGUGACCCGCCCAUGUGACCUGCCUGUUGCUGAGAGCGAUGGCAGUUGCUAAAGGAGCAGGUCACCAAGGCAACGGUGGUUGCUAUGGAAGCAGGUCGUCAAUGGCGGUGGUUCGGGCUGUCAGGUGGUGUAUGAGGUGGUGUGGUGAGGUACGUUCACGGGGAUCACAGGCAGAUGCACUGAGCACUUGUUCCCACCCGUGCCUGUGGUUUCCUCCGCCUCUCACAAAGGGAAUGGACCCCCGAGGUUUGUUUUUCAAAUAUGCCCGAGUGUAAGAGACUUGUUAGAGAUAGACUGUGGGAGUGUGGAAGCCAAGGAAGGUGUGUGUAACAAAAAAAAAAAAAAAAUGUGAACAUUACUAGAAAUGUUAGGUAUACUACAAGAUGGAUGCCCAAGAAAAAAAAGAGCCUGUUUAGUAAAUGUUAGUGUCAGGGGAAAAAAAGAAAAUCAGACCAUCCUAUUAAAUGUCCAGGUCAGCUGCAGGAGUUAAAGUAGUAGACUUUUUUUUUUUUUUUAAAUGUGUUUUAUUUUGCACUUGUUAACUCUGCUCUCUCUUUCCUUCCAGAUCUCAGAUGAUUGAGCCUUUGCUGAGGACAUCAGGAAGAGUCUCACAUUGAGCAAGUGGACUCCACUAUUACCACUGAAUGCAGACUGAAAGGUUAUUGGAACUUGGUCUAAAAUGUUUUAAAUGUUUCAUUUUGAGUUUAAUUUACCGAAACAAAUUCUGUAACUUUGAUGUGAUCAUUGUUUGUAAAGUUGAGCAUAUUGAAAGGGAUUUGUAUGGUUUCCCCCAACCACCCCGGUCAUUUAAUUUGAUUUUUUUUUUUUUUUUUUUUUUUUUGCAUUUUGAAUUUGUACUUCUUAAUAAAUUCUUUUUUUGAAUUAACGUAGAUUUCUUUUUAAUGAAAUCCCUCAUUUAUAAUGCUUUUUCCAGACGGAUAAGUUUUUAAUUUUGCAGGCUUGAUGUAGAAAAGGUGUCUUGUUGGAUGUUUAAAACCUUUUGCAGCUAUGUUAUACCACACUUAUUGGAAAAUGGCAUACUGUACAGUAACAACAACAAACAACAAAAAAAGCAAAACAUUAAAGUACAGCAAUGCCACUUAAUUUGUGACUCUCUAAUCCGGCAGCAUAGUUUUUUUGUUUCUUUUCUGUCAGAUCUUUUUUUUUUUUUCUCUGUCUGGUUAAAGUUGCUUCCUAUGACUCUAACCCUCUUUCUUGUGUAUCUUUUGUGCACUAGGCGCAGUUGUGUAGCAGUUGAGUAAUGCUGGUUAGCUGUUAAGAUGCGGUGCAGUGCGGUGGUGACAUGGUGUGGCGUGUUGCGGUGCUGAGUGCCCGGCACUGUUCCGGGGCUCGACCCUCCGCUGCUGUUUGCCGGUUUGUAAGCUCACAGGUGUGGCAGAUCAUCCAUCCUCUCCUGUCUUGUGACCUCUGCUUCCCUCCAUGUGCUGUACAGAUUUUCUCCUUCCUCCUUUUUUUUCCCCCCUCUUCUCUUUCUCUUUACUCCCUCCUUUCCCUUUCCCCCCCUCCUUCUGUGGUUUAUCCACUGUUAACUGGUUUUUGCUCGCUUUUUUGAAAAUUAAAGUCCAGUGUGACUCCUAGUGAAGGGUUGAGAGGGCAGUUAUGGCUGCUUCAUGAAUUAUUUUUGUGUAUUGCAUUCCUCUGUGAACCUCUCAAUGUCUUGUAAUUUGCUUCAGGUGAAUGCUAAUAAACAUCUUUGUGGUAAA